GGUAACAGCAUCCCAUGGGAACAAAUGCAUUAGGGAUUUUAAAGGUCUUUCAGCGGCAGUUUCUCAAGUUUCGGGUAUAAUAUCCUUAGGAUUACAGGCAAAUUCAUGAUAUGUUCGGAUUUGGACUGCUCAACGCUGAUAAAUUUGUUCAACUGGCUUUGAAUCACUCGACAGUUCCAGCUCUUUUAUCAGUCAGCGUGGAUCAGUUCACGAGAAGAAUUCCAGAUAGCCAGAUACAGGAGUUCGAAUUCAUGUACAAUUGUACAAGCAAUACAUGUAUAACAACCCUUGAACAUGUCGAUAUCUCGAUGAAUUUUACAACAACAACUGACCAUAUGAAAGUGAAAAUUAUCUCACCCAGCAACACUUCCUCGGUUAUUAUGGACAAUGAUCUCAGCCAGGACGGCUUGCCCUAUAGUAGAGAAGGACGAAUCGUGACUGUUCAUUUCUGGGAUGAGGUACCACAAGGAAUGUGGACAGUGAUUAUACAGAAUAAGCACCUUCGUGGAAACACAAGUGUUCACAAAAUAUCUUUAACAUUGUAUGGAACAAAGCGCAGUAACAGUGACUUUCAGUACGCAAAGAGUUGUGAAAAACCGCACGUUCCCCGGACGGAUUCUGGAUGGAAAUGGCAAUAUAACCUUUUUAUUAUUCUUGGUAUUCUCGCAAUAGUCGGCAUUAUGGUGUAUAUUUUCUGGAAAAAGUUUAAAAAACCUGAACCACGUGCAAUUCAUAAUGUUCAUUACACUGUAGUUAAUAAAAGUAGAUGAUUACCCUUUUUUUACUUUGUUGACGACAUUUUCUAAAAAGAAACCAAUAUGGUAUAUAUGAAAACUUUAUCCAAAUUGUAAUAAUUAUACAUGUCUCUCAUUUAAAGUAAGUUCAACGUCAGGUUCAUUUUUAACCAGCAACAGACUAAACAUAAUCAUAUGCAAAACCUCAUUACACACAAAGUAAAACAAUAUCAGUCAUACCUUAUCUUUGUCAUACAUCACAAUUUGAUAAUGAACGUUUUAAGGUUGCCGAUUCUGGUAAGAACUCAACAAUUUGCGUAACUCUGCCUUGCUUAAUAUUGGAAUGAUUUAAUUUUUUUUAUUUUUACACUUUAAACUUUGUCCCGGGCAUAACCUUCAAACCACAGAGGUAUCAGAGGGAAUCAACAAGAAACUUUGUAGCUAGAUAGAUCUCAUUUAGUAAAAGUCAAUGUAUAAGAAACGUAUCUCAGCCAUGCCUAAUUUUUGACUUAUUGCCCUUUUUGUUUUUACACAUUGAACUUUGCUUGGGACAUUACUCUGAAACUACAAGAGAUUUCAACAAGAAACUACUUCUCUGUGCAUCACCUUGUCCGACCAGCUCUUGUCUUCUGUGAUUUUUUAUUUCAUGCAUUUAUUUCAAACUCACGACUUUCCGCAUUGUUGUUUUAUCAUUAUUAGAUAUUGUUAAUGUUAUUGCAUAAUACUGUUUUUUUCUAUUUUAUGAGUGAAUUGGUUCAUACUAGAAUGUCAGUUAAAAAUAAAAAAUAAUUAUGUAUAUAGUGUUAUAGAUGAAAACAAGCACAAAAUUAUCUUAAAAAAAUAUAAGAUACAUUAUACGAUAUUACAUAACCAUACAUAGCAAGAUAAUUAAUUGUUCUAAGAGAGUGUUCAGAAUUAUUUACUUAGACUAUAUCAACAUUUUCCCCCGCUUAAUGUUUUAUAAAAAUUUCUAAAUGAUACAAUUCUAUUGUUUUCAUGAUUUUUUUAAAACAAGUAUGGAAAAUGUGUCCAUUGUAUACCUAUGUAUACC